AUGUCGGCGCAAUCUAGGAAAUCAAAUAGUCAUAACGGAAAGAACUCGAGGGUAAAUCCAGAAAUCAAAUUCAAAUUAGAGACUCUAACAGAACUGUUUCCUGACUGGACCAAUGACGAUCUAAUUGAUUUGGUUCAUGAAUAUGAUGAUUUGGAAACAAUAAUUGAUAAGAUUACAUCUGGUGCUGUGACUAGGUGGGACGAAGUAAAGAAACCAUCUAAAAAGGAAAGACUAGAAAAACGACUAGAGCAACAACAGCAGCUGCAAAAGGAACAGCAGCAACACCAACUACAACAACAACAUUAUCAUGCACAAGACCUGGAUGGACACCAUGGUGGUAGCAGCUCACAUCAUCAUACAAAGGCAGGACAAGGUUCGGGUUCUAGGUAUUCCAGGGAUAAUAAUGGUACUCACAGUAGUAGUGGUGGUAGUAAUGCAAAGAGUAAAAAGCAACAACAGCAACAACAACAACAACAAAACGGUAAACCAUCGUUGCCAUCCGAUAAUGCAAGGGCAGCGAUUUCUCGCGGGAAGCCUGCAUCGGGCGGUGGUUCCUGGGCGGCAGUGGCAUCUUCCGAUUCUAAAAAGCAUCAACAAGAAGAAGAGGAAGAGGAAGAUCAGCAACAGCAACGACCAGAGAGUUCGCCAGAAGAACCAUCAGCGACAACGGUACAGGCAUCUGAGACUAAGACUGAUGGCGUAGAGGCUUCAGCUUCAGCUACUAGCACGGCACAAAGUUCUACUCAUGCAACAGCUACUGCUUCGACAGGCAAUGCAGCACAUAAUGAAAAACCUAAAAAGAUGUCUUGGGCUGCCAUAGCAGCACCAAAACCAAAGGUAGUUCAAAAGAAGCAAUCAUCACUAAACAAUGUGGGUGGUCUCAAGAAAGAGAUCAAUGAAGUUGCAAAGGAAACUGAGACUCCCGCCGCGGGCCAGGCACAGAGGGAACCCGUUUCAGAGACAAAUGAUAAGGCAACUAACAACCAGGGCAAGAAGGCCGAUGCUCAACAUGAAGAUACUGCCUCUAAAUUAUCAGAACAACAACAACAACAACAGGAACAACUACAAGCACAACAACAAGAACAACAACAAACACAACAACAAGACCAGAGUCCAAUUGAAUUCCAAUCUCAGGGUACAAAUCAAGAGGACACUGCACAACACAACAGACCAGAAGAACAAAAGGACACCAGAGAAAUUACUAGUAACCAAGUACAAAUUGAUGAACAAGAAGUGGCAGCCACUUCUGAACCACAAGAACCUUCUCAAACUGCUCAGGCAGUUGCUACUGAAGUCAACGAUGGUUCUAAAGUAAAGCAACAACAACAACAGCCAACUGUUGGUGUUGAAGCCGGUAAACCACAGCAACAACAACAACAAGAGGCUUACUACCAGCAACAACAGCAGCAACAGCAGCAACAACAGCAGCAGUACUUUGCUCAACAACAGCAGUACGCUCAAAGCCAGACCCCUCAACAUGCUCCACAGCAAUUGUCUGGUCAACAGGCUGCAGUUGGUCAACCAAACGCAAACGCAAAUGCAAGUGCAAAUGCAAAUGCUGCCGCUGCUGCCACUGCUGCUCAACAACAGUACUACAUGUAUCAAAAUCAAUUCCCUGGAUACACUUAUCCAGGUAUGUUUGAUUCUCCAAGUUACGCCUACGGUCAGCAACAAGCUUAUCAACAACCAUCACAACCAUCUGCUCAAGCAGGUUUUGGCACUGGUACUGCAAGUCAAUACAGUAUUCCACAAGGUUAUGCAGCUGCACCUGCCGCUGACAUGACAACCGCAAGUACUGCUACGGCUUCACCUGUUGCUGGUCACGCUCAACCACAACAACAACAACCAUAUGGUGGUUCUUUCUUACCUUACUAUGCUCAUUUCUACCAACAAUCCUUCCCUUAUGCUCAACCUCAAUACGGCAUGGCUGGUCAAUAUCCAUACCAAGUGCCAAAGGCUGGUUACAACUACUACCAACCACAGAGACAAACCCAAGGUAGAAAUGUUCAACAAGGUCAACAAAGUCCCGGUCACUCACCAUCCCAACAGGGUGAAGAUGUUCAACAACAAUCUCAACCAACUCAACAGAAUCAACUGCAAAACGGUCAACAACCUUUGAACCCACAACAGUUGCAAUUCCAACAGUACUAUCAAUUCCAACAACAGCAACAAGCUGCUGCUGCCGCCGCCGCCGCUGCCGCCGCUCAGCAAGGCUUGCCAUAUGGUUACACUGGUUACGACUACACUUCUCAGGCUUCAAGAGGCUUUUACUAA